AUGCUGGGAGCAAGGAAGAAGAAGAAGAAAGAGGUGAAGCUCAAGGCAAGCAGAGAGAGAGAAAAAAGGGAGGCGGGCAGUCAAACAACACUGAAAGCGAAGAAGCUCCCAGCCUCUUCUUUUUUUCAGUACUAUAUAGACGAAGCUACUAUGCUUGAAUUCUUCUUCUCUCGUUUGGAAUAUAGGAGACGCUGA